AUGGCCUUGCACUUGACAUGGGUGUUCGGUUUUGGUCUUUUAGGAAACAUCAUCUCUUGUUUGGCCUGCCUUUCUCCUCUGCCAACAUUUUAUCAAAUUUGCAAGAAGAAGACAAGCGAAGGGUUCCAAUCUAUCCCUUAUGUGAUUGCACUAUUUAGUGCUAUGCUUUGGCUCUUCUAUACGAUUUUCAAGAAGGAUACCAUCCUUCUAAUCACCAUCAAUUCUUUUGCCUUUUUUAUGGCGAUAGGUUACAUUGUUGUGUACCUUUUUUAUGCCACGAAGAAGGAUAAAAUUCUGACUUUCAAACUUCUCCUGCUGUUCAAUGUUUUUGGGUUCGGUCUCGUCUGUGUACUGACUCUCUUCCUAACACAAGGCCACAAACGUGUCCAAGUUCUUGGAUGGAUUUGCAUGAUAUUUUCUAUAUGCGUUUUUGUUGCACCUCUUUUCAUUGCAAGAAAAGUUAUAAAAACAAAGAGCGUGGAGUUCAUGCCUUUCUCUUUGUCAUUUUUCUUAACUUUGAGUGCACUCAUGUGGUUCUUCUAUGGCUAUCUAAAGAAAGAUCAAUUUGUUGCUAUUCCAAACAUACUGGGCUUUAUCCUCGGUCUUCUCCAGAUGCUACUUUAUAUGAUCUAUAGGAACCCCAAGAAAGUUGUGGAGGUGGAGCCUAAACUUCAAUUAGAAAUAUCUGAACAUGUCGUGGACCUUGAAAAGUUGGGUCCAACAAUCUGCUCCGAGAUAACUAUAGUGAUUCCAAAGCUGAAUGAUAAUGGAAACGGAUUUGUUGAAGAUCAAAAUGCAAAGAGACAGGCCAUGGAAAUCAUGAAAGCCAUAGAUGUCGUAAACAAACUUUAG